ACCCAACUCGCUAGUAAAUAGUGCAGGUCUGCUUGUCGAGAGUUUUCAUACACGUUUACGUUCUUCUGGCUCCUCUGGAACCUUAGUUUCCCUUUUCCCCCAGAAUUCUCGCUUCAAAAGAAGACUCCUGGUCGGAGAAGUCUUCAUUUUAUCCGACGCUCUCGAAGCAACCGGGUGUUUCUCCUCUUCGUCACUGUCAUUCUCACGCUGCGUCCCAUAUAGCGUCGCAUUACUUGAGAAAAAGUAUAAUAAGCCAUCCUUCCCACUCUGUCUGUUUUUUCGCUUGUGUGGAGAACUUGCGAGUGAGAAAUCAUUUAUCGAGAAAUUACUUCUUUUUGUACGUCAAAAAAACGAAACAGUUCAUUUCUCCAGAGUUCGUAUCUGUUUUUGAAAUCAGUGUGGAAAGUUUAAGGAAAAACGUGUAGAUCUGUCAACGAAAAGAUAAAUUGUUUCCGAUAAACAACUUCACACACACACACUCACGCCGUCAGUAAGAUCCUUUUUCCGUAGUGGAGGCGGAAGUCGUCUAAUUGCAUUGAAGAAGGGAAAAAUUAUCCCUACGCCAGAAUAAUGUGAACUGGAAAGCAAUAAUCAUCACAGUUUAUUUCCUAACAGUGCCCAUUAUUGCAUUAUGGUACGUGGCAAGGACUACUCCAGCAGCAGUGGAUUUGGAUUGUCGCCAUUGUCAUAAAAUAAAAUAAAAGGGAAGACAAAUACACCCAUGAGCAGAGUUUGAAUCCACAUCUAAAUGGGAAAGAGGCAAGUGUUAAAGUGAACAUUAAACAUUGGCCAAAUUGCACUGGACAUAAAUGACUGCACUGUACAUGUGGUUCUCACGAAUGCAAGUUCUCACAUUUCCACGUUGUAUGUACUUGACUUUCGAUCUCCUCGGAAAAAUAUCAACCUCAUGAACCGAAUUCUCCGUAAUGACAGAGAUGCCAAAAUCGUUUAUUGAUUUUCUGUGAGCUUGAGUUGUCCAAUUCAUUAUCGUCACCACUACAUACGCUGCUAAAUACAUAGAGAGAGGCAACUCCAUGCAUAUAACCCCCACCCGGAAUUAAGUAAGAAUAUAUGUGUAUCCCUUUAUAUAUGUACGGUCUCCUUAAGUGAUCCACCCCAUUCAGGGGAACAAGUGGCAGGUGACAAAUUAUGUAAACAGACGCAAGUGCCAAGUGAGUGUUUGAAGUGUUGAAUGAACUGGAUGUGAAAUGGAAUUGAUGUUCCUGUAAUAAUCGACAUCAUCCGCGAGUAAGUGCUUUGUUGUCCAACAACACUCGGUUAUUCCAGCGUGAAGCAGUAGAAGAGGCUGACAGUCAACUGCAGAUGAUGCCUUGGAAAGAUCAUUCUUCUUCGCCCUCGUCCUCGACUGCCUCCUUGCCGUUGGUUUAGUAGGUUCGAGAGCUGUCCAGGAAGGAAGGAAGGAGCAAAAGUGGUUGAAAGUGAUGUCGAGUUUUCUCAGUCGUCUUGUUGCCUGCCUGGUCGCAGUUGUGGCCGUGCUGCAACUCGUCCAUUUGGUGCUUCUCAACCAACUAGAAAACAGAAGAUUGGACCAACUCACACAAAUCCAGCACCAGUUCCACCCACUCCCUCCGGAAGACUUGGGGCCCAAUUUGCCCAGACUUUCUCCACUCCGUCAAAGCAGCGGCAGCAUCAGGAGAGUCAGGAAGUUGGUGGGGCCGAGUCAUGGACGAGCUCAUGGGGAUUUUAAUGUUUUUAAUGAAAACGAGGUUUUAUUGGAACGUCUUUUUCAUGAUGACGAAGGAUCCACCAUUGUUGACUCAACCGGAGAGUAUCGUGUCGUCUUUGAUAUUGCGGGACCCCAACGAGAAUCGAUCCUUUCACAAUCUCAACUUUCACCUCAAACGCAACCCCAACAACCAAACCCAGUCGCAGCAGCAGCUGCUGCUGUGGAAAAGCCGGCUCUCCUCCCAGGGAACGCAAACAAUGAUGACUUUUCCAUCGAUGAGGACGUAACUGAUCAGGAACCCCCACCAUCGGAGGAUCUUACCCUUGUGACGCACGGGGACCUCAUGACCACAAAAAAAUACUUGAUCCCCCUCGUUGAUCGGUGGAAUGGACCUGUCUCCCUCGUCCUCUUUGCCACGAAUUCCUCCAAUGUCGAAGCUGUUUUAGAACUCAUUGCCCAUUUAAGGUUUUGCAGUGACGUUGUGCGACAAUAUGUCAACUUUCACGUUGUCUUUCCUUUAGUCGAAACUCACGUCCGCUACUCAGCUGCAUCCAGUUCCGGCAAACGUCCUAUAAAUAAGACUGGGUUGGACAAGAACAAACGCAUCGGAAGUGGUGGUAAUGGGGCGAGCAAAAAUAGGCGAAGUUCAACACCAAGCAAAAACAACAAUAAUAGUGCGGUUUCAGCCAUAGAUUUUGAAACUGAGUGCCAAUAUUUCCAGGAUCAGAGAGAGGGGUCAAAAUUAUAUAAGAAUUUCAGAGAAAGUAGUGACCCUUUAUUAGACUUGGGUAGCGGAGGUGGUGCUGCUACUGGUGGGAGCAGUGUGAUGGUUUCGACCACCAGUUUCGUGAUGAAUGGUCCUCAGUAUCCAAUCAACUUACUGAGAAAUGUGGCAAGAAAGAGAGUUCUGACAGAUUACUCUCUCGUGAUUCCGUUGUACCUUCAGCCAUCCGAAGGACUCAGGUCCAAGUUCCACAAAAUGGUCAAGAGGAGGAAAGAUCUUGAUGAAAAAACAGUGUUUGUGAUCCCAUCCUUCGAGUCAAAAAAUAAUGAAACGCCCAGGAAUAAGGCUGACCUCUUGAAGUUGUUGCACUCCUACCAAGCUCGACCCUACCAUUUUGAGCUGUGCUGGAAAUGCCAGGUGCAUAGUGAUUAUGAAUCUUGGGGUCACGAGGCAGGAAAGGAUGACGAACUCUCUGUGAUGUAUGAAGUAUUGUGGAAGGACCCCUGGGAGCCAUUCUUCAUCUCGGACAAUACUGUGCCUCUCUUCGACGAGGGGUUUCGUCACCCUAGUUUAGACCGGCUCAGUCAACUCUGUGAACUUCAUGUGGCUGGUUACAAGUUUGCCGUGUUGAACGAACCUUUCCUCAUCCAUCCAGGAUACAUUACGCCAACACCUUUUCACCUCAACAGCUUCAACAAAAAUACCAAUUCAAACUUGGAUACGAAUCGAGCCAAGUUCAGACAAUUUAAGCACGAGUUAAAAAAUAGAUAUCCUCAUUCAACGAGACGAUGCUAUUAGUAAUAAGUACAUUCAUACGUCAGCACAUGAAAGUAUUAACAUGAACAAUAAUACUUUUUAUAUAAUCAAACAAAUCAAGGCUGAAUGAUAACUGUUUCUUAAAUGGAUCUCGAUUUUAUUAAAGGUUUUUUGAAACGAUAAAAUGCUUCAAACGUAAUGCUAUAUAUUACUAUUUAAAUACAAGCUCUGUGAUUUAAAUUAACAAUGAUAUCAUUUUACUUAUCAUGUUGGAUAGUCAACAGUCAAGGUAGCUAUAGAACUAUAUAGUUAGCUAAUUGAAGCAGGAACAAUGAUGUUACAAUUGUCAAUUUAGUUUUUAUAAUUCCUUGAUAUCGUUAUAAGAAAGAUUUAAAUGUAUUAGAAAUAAAACUAAGAAAUGAUGAAUAAAACCGAAUUGAUAAAUA